UUUAGGUUAGGAGAGAGAGAACGCAGAGGCAGACAGGGCAAUAUAUGAAAUACAGAGAAACAAGCAAAGUUCUAAUCCCAAGGAUGCCAUUACAUUGCCAUAUGACCUUGGGCAAGACGCCUUAACCUCUCCUGCCUCAGGUUUGGCAUCUUUACAGAUUACAAAAUGACAGGGAUUGUGAAGACUGGACGGAAUGACAGAUGUAAAGGUGCUUUUUAAAGUUAGAAGAGCUGCACAAAUGUUAUAUUUACAAGUGUGAGUUGUCAUUAACCAUAUGUUUACUAAUGAGGGAGCAACCCCACGAUAAAUCUUACCGCGGUGAAUACACCCUGUGCAGGGACCAUCUGGUUCCAUUUCUUCAACCUUAUUAAAACGCGGGAAAUUUUAACUCUCAGCUCUCAUACUCUAUUAGCAUUUAUCUCUAGCUAUAGCUUCACCUAUAAUAUGCCUUCAGGAAUUCACCUCAGUACGUCAAGCCCUGCUGUCAGGCCAGGAGCUGGCCAGGAGCCACACUAUACGCAUUUGAGAGAAAUACAGUCAAACAGUGCUGUGGCCAAUGACAACUGUCAACUUAAUCUGAUGGUAGCUUUUUCCCAUAACUGUCAGAAUAUUCAAUAUUUACAACAUAUUCUAAUGCCCCUCCCUUAGGAUUUCUGUUUAAAUAAUCCAAAUGGUGAGAAAAAUUGUAAAAGAACAGUUUAGCUAUCAUGUUGUGGGCCCAGAUUUAUUCCACGCAAUAUCUUCAGAAAACAAAAUAUAAUUUUCCUUGUUAUGCCCCAUUUCCUUUCUACAAGAUGAAUUAAUUUUUCCCCCAAAAGUGCUCAGUUUUACAAAGAACCAAUUUAGAAAUACUGAGGAUGUUUUCGUUUUCCUGUUCCUUUAUGGAGAGUCUGACAUUUCUACGAUACCAAAAACAAUAGGAGAAAAGGGUUUACCUAUUAUUUGAAUAAUUGAUUAGAAACACGGGAAUAUCCGUGGCUUCUGAAAAAGGAGCUCUGCGUCUUUAAGGCUCCACAGGCUGUCUCCGCUGGCGACGCAGACAAAGCAGGCUCUGCCGCAGCGACUCAGCCUAUCGAUAAGGUUCAGUUAGCCAAGGUGGAGGAUGGGAACAGAAUGGAGCUGUCCCAGCUACUCAAUGAGAUCAGGGCACACUAUGAAAAGCUCCUCACCAGAAAUCAGAUAGAGACCGUGCUCUCAACAAGGAUCCAGCUAGAAGAAGAUAUAAGCAAAAAAAUGGACAAAGAUGAAGAGGCUUUAAAGGCUGCUCAAGCAGAACUCAAGGAAGCCCGUCGCCAGUGGUACCACCUGCAAGUGGAAAUUGAAUCUCUCCAUGCUGUGAUCUAUAUAAAACAGGAAAGGGGCCUUGAACACUCCCUACACGCCAGCGAGCAACAUUACCAGACGCAGCUGCAAGACUUAGAGGCCGUGAUUGAAAGACUAGAAAAAGAGCUACAGGAAGUAAGGCGUGGCAUCGAAAAGCAGCUUCAAGAGCAUGAGAUGCUUCUCAACACAAAGAUGAGGCUAGAACAAGAAAUAGCAACUUAUCGCCGCCUCCUAGAAAAGGAAGAAAUCAGAUAUUAUGGUUGUAUCCAAGGUGAGAAAAAAGAAGAAAAACCUACCACAAGUAGAGUUGGUUUUGUUUUACCUUCAGCCAUUAUAAAUGAAAUAUCUUUUUCAACGAAAGUCCCACAAAAGUAUGAGAAUGAAAAAGUGGAAACAGUGACCAAACAGGCAAUAUUAAAUGGAAAUAUCGUGAAGGAAAGCACUGAAGCUCAUGGUACUAUUCAGACAGAGAAAGUGGAUGAAGUUAUCAAAGAAUGGGAAGGUUCCUUCUUUAAAGAUAACCCUCGCUUAAGGAAAAAAUCUGUUUCUCUUCGAUUUGACCUUCAUUUAGCAGCCACCGACGAAGGGUGUUUACAGACUAAGCAGGAUAAUCUGCCAGACAUAGAAGUCAGGCUUAUCAUGAGAAGAUCAUGCAGUAUCCCCUCUAUCAAACCUCCAUCAGCAGCUAACUAACCCAAAGACAGGAUGUGACUUGAUUUGAAAAUGACAUUGGGAUGGACCAAGGUGGGCCAUGCUGACUGCCUUCUGUCCCAAAAUGUAAGUUAUUAAGUACGUGUGUUAUGAUCUAUGUGUGAUUCUCUUCAGAAAAAAAAAAAGUAAAGGACAAAAUUUCUCUGAACCUAAUUAUGGGUAUAUUUUUUGGAGAGGGGAAGCUUAAAAAUAAAAUCAGAAAUUCAGUAGAGUUUCUAUUUUAGUCAUUCUUCAAAUAGUCUUCUUUUUCCCUGGAAAUUUUAUCAGAGAUUAUACACAUGAAGAUGGCUUAGCAAAGUCUUUGAAAUUUCACUCUAUGGCUGAAUACUCUAAGGAAAAGGGAAGUUUGUUUAAAUAUGAUUGUAUUAUCUUAAGAAUCAUACUGAGUUAUUCAUCAUUAUCUGAUGACUGGUUCUAUCUCAAAAGAUUUUUCUACUUAAAAAAGAAAGCAAUUAGAAACAAACUUUUAAAUAGGACUCACUAUUUACUUAACCAAAAUUUUUCCUUUGAGACAAUCAUUGGCACACUUAGAAAAAUAAGUUUCCACGAGCAGUUCUGAGCAAACUAUAGAGUAUGCCCCAGGGCUAAUUGACGAUUAAGUUAAUCUUCAUCUGAAAGUUUUUGUAAUCGUUAUCUGACUUCCAGAAGAGUUUACUUUAUUCAAAGAAGUUUCAAUGUUGUGUCCUCCCCCACAGAAAAUCAGAAGGCCAGCUGCACACACAAAACAAGAAAUUACUACAAUUACUAAAACAGAGCUAUCUCACCUCUCACCAUCCCAACUUUCCCAUCUGUAAAGUUCAAUGUGAUUAAUUUGAGUAUUUGAUGUGAGCGUUAGAUAAGAUAUUCUAUAAAGUAUUACAAAUAUUUCUUGCAAUCAUUUGUGUGAAUUAAGAUAACAGUAUUGUUGUCCAAGCCAAGAGUAUUUGCAAGAUUUAUGUUUUUAAAUUGUUCAAACUGUAAUAAAUAUGGACAGAAAAUAUAUUUGUGAAUAAGUCAAGUAUUGUUGCAAAGAUUUUUAAACAACCUAAUUUGUUUAAUACAGGUAGAUUUAUUUUAAGACCUUAAAUAAUAAAUACCUGUUUUAAAACAUUAGAAAUUUAUAAGCUAUUAAUUUUUUUCUAAGCAGAAAAAAUGUUGAGUACAACUCACCAUACUUUUUUUCCAAGCUAAAGGGCUACAGCUAUGUUAACAUUUCAGUACAGCCUUUGCCCCCAAUCUCUCUCUCUCCUUUAUUUCAACCAGAAGAAAACUGCAUAUUUUAACUAGAAGAAAAUUAUGUUAAGUAAUCUUUAACAUAAUACAGGGAUAUAAAAUUUUAGAUUUUCUUUCAAUUACUUCGGAUUCCUUUUAGCUUGGCUUUUUCUAUUUAGUGAAAGGGAUGAUUUUGUUCUGUCAAGGAUAUAGCAGCAUGCUAAGUGCUUAGACUUGCAUAAGCAUCUGACCUAAAAUACAUCCUCUAUGUAAAAGUGUUUUCAUUCAAUAUUAGUUAAAUGCUACUAACUUUAUUAAAGCUUUGAAAAGUGCAAUCAUAUAAGCUACUGUACUAAAGUUACUGUAGGAAGCAACAGUAAUCAUAAUAAAACAAUGUAUCUAGUGUAAUCUUUAUGCAGUGUUAAAAACCUAGUGCUGAGCAUCAUGAAUGUACCUGCUUGUUAAGUAAUUCCACUAUGCAGCUAUUGUGUGCAUACCAUGUACAUUUUAAAAUACAGUUCUUGAAUUUAUAACAGUUUUCUUUGCUUUGGGACAUUUUAAAUGGGGAUAUGAAUUUACCAAAGUAAAUGAUACCACUACAAUAAAAAAAACUUGAAACAUGAA